CCGGCCAGCUGUUCACGUAAACGUAGAGCAACAAGUAUACGUUUUGUUUUGAUAAUUCUUUUUGCAAAAUUUAUAAUCCUGUAUACUGCCUUUAUAAUCGUUGUCGGCUUUAAUAAAUUAAUUUGUUAAAAAAAAAUAUAAGAAACUAUUUGCUUAACUAUGCAGUCACUUCAUUGUAUUACAUUUAAAAUAAAACACUAAAAAAUAGAAUUUCAUUCAUAUUAAUAUCGACAAAAGACUACAAGUUUGGCUGUUGUAAUGAAUCGCUAUACUGUAAAUUCGCUGAUAGGAGAGGGCUCUUUUGGGCGCGUAUACAAAGCUAUACGCAAAGAGGAUGCACAAGUGGUGGCAAUUAAGGUGAUAUCUAAGCGUGGUCGCAGCAGCCGCGAGCUAAAGAAUCUCCGUCGCGAAUGUGAAAUACAAGCGCAUCUUAAGCACACAAAUGUCAUUGAAAUGUUGGAGUCAUUCGAAACAAAGAACGAUUUGAUUGUUGUAACAGAAUUCGCCCCCAUCGACCUGCAUCGGUAUCUUGCACGACACGGUGCUGUGCCAGAGGAUAAAGCGCAGCGUCUCAUUUGCCAUUUAGUUUCAGCGCUUUAUUAUCUGCACUCGAAUCGUAUACUGCAUAGAGAUUUAAAACCACAAAAUGUAUUGCUCAAUGAGGAUUUGCAUGCCAAGUUGUGCGACUUUGGUUUGGCACGCAACAUGACUAUGGGCACACACGUUUUGACUUCCAUAAAAGGUACACCGUUGUACAUGGCACCAGAGUUGUUAGCUGAGCAACCUUACGAUCACCAAGCGGACUUAUGGUCGCUGGGAUGUAUAUCAUAUGAAUGCCUGGCAGGUGCGCCUCCUUUCUGCACAACAUCUAUCUUGCACUUGGUGAAGCUGAUCAAACAUGAAGAGGUGAAGUGGCCAACCUUUUUAAGUAGCGACUGCCGGUCUUUUUUGCAGGGUCUGUUGGAAAAAGAUCCCUCAUUGCGCAUAUCGUGGACAGAAAUACUUUGUCAUCAGUUUGUCGAAGGCAAACUCUUCAUAUCGGGCAUCAAGGCUAACAAUUCACCAUUCACAAACCCACAAAAACAAAAGAUCUCAAGAUGUUCUCGCAGCCAACGCUCCAAAACGGACGAUAUCUCGAAGCAAGUUGCCUCAAUGAGCCUCGCAAACGCUUCCCUUUGCACAAACGAAAAUAUGACUUCCUCACGUGACAGUAUCAAUGCAAUACCGCCAAGCGAUAUUGAGAAUCUCGAAACAGAUGUUGAAGAGAACAUUAACAAUGUUACGGUUCCAUUUGCUGAUCAAUCCUAUAAGAAUACUUCAGUUAUCAAAAACCAUGACGUCGAUAUCAUUAUACCUCAUUUUAAUAUAGUAACGGAAGCUGCUGCUGCGGCGCCUGUAAUUAAUUCGCAAACCUGCUUUGUCAGCGGUAAUACAAACAUGAUACUCAAUCACAUGAACGAUAAUUUUAUGUAUGCUGCAAACACAAAUUCAUCACCGCCACAUCAUCAGCCGCAUCAGCAAAGUAAAAAAUCGCCAACUGAAAGCACCAAAUUGCAAGAAACACCUUUGGUUACCAAUACAAAUGUUAAGGCAUCGCGCAGCAAAGAUUUGGAAAAACGUAAGCUGAGUCAGAAUUUGGAUAAUUUUUCGCUACGCUUGGGACAGGGAUUCGAUUCCGAACCACGCAAAACUGUAGAGCGCAGAGAUAAAGAUAAGGAUAAGGAAAAAGAACAAAAGUGUAACAGGAGUAUAAUGCAUUCGGCAGAUGAGAAGCGCAGCACUGGAAAUUCACCACCAUGUCUGCUGCCUGGCUGGGAUUCAUGUGACGAGUCGCAAAGUCCACCUAUUGAAAAUGAUGAGUGGUUGGCGUUUUUAAAUCGCACAAUGCAGGAAGUGCUGGACGGUGAAAUGGACUCGUUAAAGCAACACAAUUUGGUAAGCAUCAUAGUGGCGCCGUUACGCAAUUCAAAAGCUAUACCUAAAGUGGUGGAUAGCGUUGCACAGCUCUUAUCGUUGCCCUUUGUAUCUGAUGAGUCUCCAUGCGUUAUUGAGUUAAUACAAAAUGUUUAUAUCGACGUCAAGCUCGUCCCAAAUCUCAUGUAUGCUUCUAAAUUGCUGAUUUGUCACAAAGGCACCGGCGAUUCGAGCGCCUCGUUGACGCAUUCACAUGGAGGGCGUGCAGUGCGUUCCAUGGCUGAACUUAAUUGCGAAGAAAUACGCACCAUUUCGCGUCUGUACGAAUUGAUAUGUCAUCUAGUGCAUUUGAAGCAGCAAUUUCUCUCGCAGUUCUGUGAUGCAGUUGCCAUUUUGGCAGCGAAUGAAUUGCUGAUUAAUUUGUUGCAACAUGAUUUCCGAAACGCGAACGCUGUGCGCAUUUCGACUAAUAUAUUGGGUCUGCUAAUAUGCGUAUUGCGUGAGUUGCCAGAAAAUGCGGAUUUGGUGGAAAAAGUCAUAUUCAACAGCAAAUUAAAUAUGGUGGCGUUGCUUGGCAAUGCUGAUGACUUGAUACGCAUGCGCAUGUGUAUGCUUUUUCGCUUACUGGCGCGCUUUAGUCUGCGCGGUUUACAAAGUGUUUGGUGUACAGAUAUAAAAAAAGCAAUUGAAGAGUUAGCAGACGAUGACAAUCUGGAAUUGCGAGAGAUCGCCGAAAGUACCUUGGAAGAAUUGCGACACUUUACUUUCUACGGUUAAAAUACAGAUAAGAGGCAUGAACUGCGCCUCGAUCAAAAAAGAAUUGAGAUUUUAGUUUAAGUUACAUCUUUCUAUAUUUUAUAUAUUUUUUACAGCAAUUUUUAUAAUUCCCAUAUGCGACAAAAUGUACGAAUUUACAUUGAAUUUACUUCCUUAACUUUUUUGUAUGUUCCUCUGGACUAUUUCGACUGAAUAAACUGUUUUGAAAAUAAC